GAACACUUGUAAGCACAUAGGAUGCUUUAAGAUUAAAAUAACGCACGUGCAGGCACGGCAUACCUACCUAAGCAAGGAAGGGUAAUGGUGCCUGAGGGUAAAGGUCACAUGUUAGGCAUACAUCUUGUAGGCCUUCCACUCACAGCAUUUCUAAACUGAGGUACGACGUCUCUUUCCUCCUUUAUUCUUGUGACAAUCAUAGCAGCUUCGUUUUCUCUUGCGAUUAUUCGAGUUCGAUAUGACAUCAUCGUCGCUAGCGCCAGAACGAGAACGAGAAGGCGUCGUGCCGGUACGAGGUGACGAACGAGCUAUUCUUGACCGGCAGUUGCAUGGACUCCCCCGCCUCAAGCAUGAAAGCGGCGCCCAGACGAGCAUUCAGCUGUAUGCAAGCACGACCGACAAAGUUGUGCUUGGCGUGGGUGCAAUAUGUGCUCUCGUCGCAGGCGCGUUAAACCCGUUAGUGCCGGUCAUUUAUGGCCUGCUCGUGGCCGUCUUCGAGGGUUUUACCGCGGGAUCUGUGAGCGAAGCCGAGCUGCGGAGCAAAGUCGCUACCUUCGCAGUCUACUAUGUCUACCUCGCCGUUGCGCUUUUCGUCUUUAGCUUUCUGGCCACCGUCGGUUUCUUCUGGAGUGGUGAACGCAUCACCCGAACCUUGCGGAUCACCUACCUUUCCGCUGUAAUGCGUCAAAACAUGGCCUUCUUCGACACUAUCGAUCCUGGCGAGAUCUCCAAUCGCAUCAUGUCCGAUACGGGGACUCUGCAAGAGGCGAUCACCAGCAAGAUCUCCAUUCUGCUGAGUGCCGUCGCUACCUUCUGUGCUGCCUUUGUCGUCAUGUUCGUCAUGUACUGGAAAACGGCUCUGAUUCUAACACCAUUCUUUGUUCUCAUGCUUCUUGUGGCAUACCUAGGCGGCGCACGGGCUGUUCGACAUCAAAAGGAAGCUCGCACGCUGUUUAGCCACGCCGGUGGCAUGAUUGAAGAAGCCUUUGGUGCCAUCCGUCAGGUCUUAGCUUUUGGAAUGCAACCACUCAUAAGCCGUCGGUAUUCUGCCGCACUGACACAAGCUGCGUUGGAGGAGCGCAGAGGUCAGAAUAUCUCGUCCGGGCUGAUCGCAUCCAUGAACGCCAUACCAUGCCUCAUCUACGCAGUAGCCUUUUGGGCAGGAUCGGUCUACACGAUGCAGGGAGACGUAUCGUCAGGCAGCAUAGUGACGACGGUACUCGCCGUUGUCAUUGGUGUGUUUGCCCUGAUACGCAUCGCGCCCUCUUUCCAGGCGCUGACUUUGGGAAUCGCCAUCUCCACAGCCCUUCUGGAUACCAUCGGCCGGCGGUCUCCUCAGGAUCCUCUUGGGGACAAAGGUGACAAGCCGAGAUUUGUGCGUGGUGAGAUUGUACUAGAACACGUCGAUCUCAUCUACCCCUCUCGAGACCAAGUCAAGGUCCUCAAAGAUGUCUGUAUGACUAUCCCAGAGGGUAAGAAAACAGCGAUAGUUGGCCCUUCAGGAGGUGGCAAGAGCAGUGUCUUUGGCUUGCUAGAAAGAUUUUACGAACCUACCAAUGGGAUCCUCAUGCUCGAUGGCCGAGACAUUCAAACGCUUAAUUUGAAAUGGCUACGUCAACAGAUCGGUUUGGUGGACCAAGACCUUAUUCUUUUUGACGCGACGAUUAUGGAGAACAUCUGCUACGGCUGCUCUACUACCGGGGACCUGCUACACCGCAAGGCUGUGGAAGCCGCUCAAAAGGCUAAGGCGCACGAGUUCAUCGAAACUUUACCAGAAGGAUACCAGACACGAGUAGGUGAGCGAGGUUUACAAUUUUCCGGCGGCCAAAGACAGCGGCUGGCAAUUGCUCGUGCCUUGGUUCGGGAUCCCACGAUACUCCUUUUCGAUGAGGCAACCUCUGCGCUGGAUUCGUUCUCUGAAAAGGCCGUUCAGGCCGCCAUAGAUGCUGCAACGGAGCAACGCACGACCAUCGUCAUUGCACACAGGCUGUCAACAAUUACUAACGCCGACCAUAUCGUGGUAAUGGCCGAGGGAAGCGUUGUCGACCAAGGGACACAUGCUGAGCUCAUGUCUCGCAAUGGAUUAUAUGCAAAUUUAAUCGAACAACAGCAGAUCAAGGAACAGAGCUCUGAUAUGCCUCUAUCGCUACUCACUAAUGAAAAAAUAGACUCGACAGAGGUGCCGACCCGUCAAGAGACACACGACGAAAACAUCAAAGGUCCAUCGCUCAUGCUCCUUGAGUCAGAGGUGGACCCUGACGAGUCAAGUAAAGCAAGCAAGACGAGAUCAAUUUCGUUCAUGCUUGCGAUGAGCCAAGGAGAUUGGAAAAUGCUGCUCGUUGGGCUUGCAUGUGCCCUGCUCGGUGGCUUACUCAUACCUGCACAAUCAAUAUUAACCGCAGAGCUGAUAACCACCCUCGGACUGCCUCGAGAACGAUAUGGAGAGCUUCGACAUCUCACCAACCUCUAUUGUGGUCUUUUUCUGCUUCUCGCUUGCGCCGGGCUGAUCUUCUGGAUGAUCGUUUGCGUAACGCUGUCCAGAGCAACACAGAAUCUAUGCCAAAGGGUUCGAGAAACAUGUUGUGAACGGAUCAUGCAGCAGGAUGUAGCUUUUUUCGAAAGGGUGGAAAGUUCACCAAGCGCGCUCGCGGGUGCUUUGUCCAAAGGUAUUGACGAUCUUGCAGGCAUGGGUGGUCCAGUCAUCGGCGGCAUCAUGACGUUCAUGGCCAGUAUCGUUGGGGGGAUUGUGCUUUCAAUGGUCAUUGGCUGGAAGCUGGCUCUCGUGUGCACAGCUACUGUUCCGAUAGUCGUCGCAUGUGGCUGGCUCAGGCUGCAAGUCUUGGCGGCAUUUGACGCCAGAUCAAGGCAGAGUGGCUUCCGUGCAGCAUUAUAUGCUGGAGAGCUUGUCCGAUCAGUGCGUGCCGUUGCUUCGUUGGGCAUGGAGACACAGGCAACGACAUUUUACAACAACUUUCUCACCGCGCAGGCCGCUGACUCCUUGCGCCCUAUCCUUUCCUCUUCUGCUCUUUAUGCCGCUUCUCAGUCUGUUGUAUACCUCUGCGCAGCUUUGGCAUUCUGGUAUGGUGGGAAUCUCAUUGCCAGCGGUGAAUACACCGACUUUCAAGUCUACGUAUGCAUUAUCAGUCUGGUCUCCGGGGCGCAAAUCGCCGGAUCGGUCUUCAACUUUGCACCAGAUAUGGGAAAGGCGGCUCACAGUGCACAAGAGCUCGAAGCAAUCAUCAACCUGCACCAUGCCGAGCAUGACCCGAGCCCGAACAAAACUCAAAUCCCAGGAAAUGGCUUGCCCAAAAGCUACGAGGAGUGUCACAUAGACUUCCGAAAAGUCUCGUUUGCGUAUCCUGCCAGACCAACACAGAAUGCCCUUAACGAUUUCACCAUACGCGUCCCUGCCGGUCGAACGCUCGCGCUCGUGGGACAAAGUGGAAGUGGGAAGAGUACCUGUCUUUCGCUGCUCGCUCGAUUCUACCAGCUGGAACAAGGUCAAAUCACCGUCGGUGGGACCGACAUCCGCGAUAUGGAUAUCCAACGUUAUCGAUCGGCCAUCGCCCUCGUCAGUCAGGAACCGAUCAUGUUUUCCGGGUCUCUGAGGGAAAACAUUGCCGUGGGUCUCGUUGACGAAGAGGUGGACGAUGCUAGAAUUCUAGACGUAUGUCGGCAGACAAAUCUCAUUGACUUUGUACAAUCGCUCCCUGAAGGGCUGUCGACGUUUCUAGGAACCAGUGGACGGAUGCUUAGCGGCGGGCAGAAGCAACGCCUCGCCUUGGCACGCGCGUUGUUGCGUGAUCCCCAGAUUCUAUUACUUGAUGAAGCCACUUCGGCGUUAGACAGCGAGUCUGAGGCUGUAGUGCAGCGGGCGAUCGAUGCUCUCCGCAGACGACGGACGACGGUCAUGGUCGCUCACCGCCUCAAAACGGUUAUGAACGCGGACCUGGUUGGGGUCAUGGACAAGGGGACUUUGGCUGAGAUGGGCAGCCCCGAAGAGCUUCUGGCUAAGCGGGGAUUGUUCUGGAACUUGGCAAAUCUGCAGGACCUAGCUUGAUUACUUAUAACAUAAUUGACCGCGAAGUUAAUGAGGUGGAAAGUUGGUGAUCUCACCGCGUCAUUUGUCACACUGAAAGCAUUUCAAGAUAUGACUGUGGAAAAUCCAUGAGGAUACGUGUAACGUACUCUAUCACCGAGCCAGUCAUAUCACCGAACCGGUCACUUAAAAUCCCACCAAAAAACACAGAAACCAUACCCCUGCAUCUCAAUAACUACUUAAUAGAAUCUUCUAAAAACUUCAGAAUAGAGCUACAUCUAUACUAAUAAAACUAUUUAAAAGUCUUAGACUAAUAGCUAGUAUAGAUGUUGAGAUAGCCUGCAGCUACCCCUGUAUUUCAGUAUCUUCUAAACAACAUCUGCAAUAUAGGGCUAAGCACUCUAAGACUUUCAAACAGUCUUAUUAGUAUAGAUGCAGCUCUAUUCUGAAGUUUUUAGAAGAUUCUAUUAAGUAGUUAUUGAGAUGCAGGGGUAUGGUUUCUGUGUUUUU